CAAGAAACGACCCCGCCCCUUUUGUCGUGUGUUGACCUUACAGUCAAUAAGAAAGGUAAACACCUGCGACCCUAUGUACAACGAGAUCCAAGAUGGCGGCCACCAAGGAGAAUUUCAAGCGCCUCCCUAUCUGGAUGAUGGGCUUCGUCUUUGUCUUCUUUGCUCUCGUCGGGCUAGCCGUUCUCGCCCCUGACUCUACCCCCUGGCACGUGCUGGGGCCUGUCGGCAGCUUCAUACAGAACACCAUCAAGAACGACCCGGCCCGCAUCCAGGAGAUGCCUUUUAGGAUCCUUGGCAUACACACAGCAGAAACUGCGAUCGCUUUCUUCAUCACUCUAUGGAAGGACAUCUCUGGACCGGCGCGGCUGAAGUGGCUCCUGCAGACGUUCGUGUUCGGGAUCUUCUCUCUGCUUCCCCUCAUCGUGUUCAAACCUGCCGUGGAGAAAAAAGUCAAAUAG